GACCUUAAGUAACUCCAGUGGUUGCUGGUUCGUACUCUUUGUUUGGACCUACGUCGCUACGGAUGAAGAAGGUGGAGUCAAGUUUUGCUCAUUUGGUUCAAAAGAAAAAUAAUCCUCUAUUAAAAGCUAAGCUGGGACUCUGCUGGCACAGAACUUCACAUCCAGCACAAGAGGAGAAAGCGUGAGAGAAAGAGAAGGAUGGCAAAAAACAGGAAAGUAUUUAUUGAUCUGGUAGAUAAGGCAAUUGCUACUGGUGACACAAUGAAGAGUGAAGAUCUGCUAUUUUCCUACAAGGGGAUCUUCUACCCAGCUACUGUUUGUAGUCCUGAGCAAUUCAAAGCUUUGGAGGCAUUUGAAGCAAGAAGUGAUGAUGUCAUCCUAGCAGGGUACCCUAAAUCCGGUACAAAUUGGGUAGGCCAAAUUAUAACUGACUUGGUAACAACAUGUGCAAAGAAUAAUGAGGAUGAAACAAAUAGUGUGAAUGAUGAACUAGAUGAAUUUCCCUACCUGGAAGUUGGAGAUGCUGAGAAAUACCAGCGAAUGAAGAAAUUACCUUCUAGAAGAAUUAUAUUUACUCAUCUCAUGCCUCACAAUCUACCUGAGUCAAUCUUCAAGAAUAAAACUAAGGUCUUGCUGCUGCUUCGCAAUCCAAAAGAUGUAGCUACCUCUUAUUACCAUUUUUCCAAUGGCUUGUCUCCUCUUCCAUCCUAUGAGACCUGGGAUGAAUUCUUCACAGCUUUCAUGACAGGAAAAAUGCCCUGGGGCUUCUAUUUUGACUAUAUUUUUGAAUGGAACAAACAUAUUGAUGAUGAAAACAUUAUGACAAUAACCUACGAGGAGCUGAAAGAGAAUCGGGCUAUGGGUGUCAAAAAGAUAGCUGAAUUCUUUGGGCUGUCUCUGACUGAAGAGGAGCUUCAAGAUGUGGUAGAUAGGAGCAGCUUCCAGGCUAUGAAAGACAAUUCUGAGAAAACGCAUGGAGCAUUUGGCAAUGUUCUCUUCCGCAAAGGUGGUGUUAGUGACUGGAAGAACUUGUUCAAUGAAGAUCAGAACCAAGAAAUGGACAACAAAUUUGAAGAAUACUUAGCAGUAACCAAGCUGGGAGCAAAGUUAAAUUAUGGGGUUCACUGCAAGGCCUGAGUAUCAGUUACAUAAUGUAUAUGGAAAAAGUAGAUCAAGUGAUCCACAUAUCUCUGAUUUUUUGUAAUAUUCACAGUCAGGUUACCCUUAAAGUGAUAUUAGUGCAUAUGAGAUAUUCAAUAUAAUUUAAAGUCCUUUGGCAUCCUUGGACUGAAUCUAUCUACUGAACAAUAUUAAUAUUAUAUAAUUGCUGUAGUACCAAUCUCUGGAGGAAAUACUCCAUCACACUGAAUGCUAUUAAUCUUGCUAUCCUGAUUAAAAGAAUGUAGCACCUAGAGAUUAUUUUUAAAAAUAUCUCAUACCAAACAACUUCUCCACAAAAAGACUUCUAGCAAAAAAGUCCCUCAUUGAACAGUCAUUCAGGUAAAUGAAAAUCUUUCCUACAAUUUCAGUGGGUCCUGGAUCAACCCCCUAGUAGAGAGUGCUCAGACAGAAACAGAGCGAGAGGGAGAGUGAGAGUAAGAGAGUAGUCAUAAUGUUUUCUUAAAUUAUAAUAUUUUCUUUUAUUUAAAAAAAUAGAAUCUCAACUUGGCCUAGGGAAAUUUACUGCUGGUAUAUGGCCAAAUUCUAUGUUGAUGCAAAUGGACAAUAGUCCACUAAAAUAAAAGGAUUUCCAUUAACUUACACCCACAAACACUUGGCUCUUAGUAUCUCUAGUACAUAAAAUUGAUUCUCCUCUUUUUUAAACAUAUAUAUAUAUUGGUGU